AUGGAACUGGAUACCGGCUCUGCAGUGUCAGUGAUGGCGCACAGUGACUUUGUGCAGUACUUUGGAGACCAGAAGCUGAACUCGUCAUCUGUCCUCCUAAAGACAUAUACUGGAGAGAAAAUCAAGCCCCUCGGCGUAUUGCCGGUGGAGGUACAACACAAUGGCCAACAAUGCACAUUGGACUUGUACAUUGUAAAAAGAGGAGGACCAGCACUGUGGGGCCGAGACUGGCUGAGGAAAUUACAGCUGGAUUGGAAGUCCAUUAAAAGCCUGCAGGUGGCGCCAAACACCACCGACAAGUCCACAGAGGUCAAAUUGGAGACAGUCUUGGUUGCUGCAACGCCUGUAUUCCAAGAUGGAAUUGGGACAUUAAAAAACAUAAAGGGCAAAAUUGUUCUUCAAGACGGGGCCAUUCCACGUUUCCACAAAGCACGGCCAGUUCCGUACGCCAUACGACAGAAGGUGGAAGCGGAGCUGGACCGCCUAGAGGCCGACGGAAUCCUGUCUAAAGUUGACUGGAGCCCAUGGGCCACACCCAUUGUCCCAGUAGCAAAGAAGUCAGGGGCAGUGAGGGUGUGUGGGGACUUCAAAAUCACAAUCAAUCCUGUGCUACAAGCAGAACAAUAUCCACUUCCCAGGAUCGAGGACAUUUUUGCAAACCUGGCUGGUGGAAAGCGGUUCACCAAGGUGGACCUGGCGGAGGCCUAUCUACAGAUGGAGAUAGAGGAAGACUCGAAGAUGUUCCUGACCAUCAAUACUCUGAAGGGCUUGUACCGCUACAACAGGUUAGUGUUCGGAGUGGCCUCAGCCCCGGCUAUCUGGCAGCGUGCUAUGGAUCAGGUGUUGCAGGGGAUUCCAGGUACACAGUGUUACUUAGAUGAUAUAAUUGUGACUGGGGCCAACGAUAACGAACACCUGGAGAACCUCCAUAAGGUCUUACAGAGACUUCAAGAUUACGGACUCCGGGCUAGACGUGACAAGUGUGAGUUUUUCAAACCAUGUAUCACAUACUGCGGCCACACCAUUGAUGCACAGGGUUUGCAUAAAUGCAAAGAAAAGAUCAAUGCCGUCAUGAAGGCUCCUCAGCCACAGGAUGUACAGCAACUGAGAUCGUUCCUUGGAUUCAUCAACUACUACCACCGGUUCAUGCCUAACCUGUCUACAGUGCUCCAUCCUCUGAACGAACUACUCCAGGCAGACGGGUUGUCUCGGUUGCCACUCGACACCGCAACAGGCACAAAAGGAGACAAAGAAUCAGUGGCGAUGUUCACGCUCAUGCAGAUCGAAAGCCUCCCAGUGACAGCGGAGAUGAUUGAGAGAGAGACCCGGAAAGAUGCGACUCUCUCACAAGUGUACAAAGCAACGCAGACAGGCUGGGCAGCUAGUGAAAGGUCUUUCCUCGCUCCAUAUUUCCAACGCCGGGAUGAGCUUGCUAUUGACUCUGGGUGCCUUAUGUGGGGAAUGAGGAUCAUCAUACCCACCAAGGUCAGGUCCAGGGUGCUGGAAGAGUUACACAGUGGUCAUCUGGGAGUGGUGAAGAUGAAGGCACUCGCCAGGAGCUAUGUCUGGUGGCCAGGGAUUGACCAACAGAUAGAACAGCUCGCAGCACAUUGUCCUGGGUGCCAGCGUGUACAGAACGAACCGACAGUGGCACCCCUCCAUACAUGGGAAUGGCCCACAUCGCCAUGGCAACGGAUACACAUUGAUUUCGCCGGGCCAUUCAUGAAUAAAACAUUCCUUGUAGUGGUCGAUGCAUGUUCAAAGUGGCCAGAAGUGUUCGCCAUGAAAUCCACGACAACAGCCAACACAAUCGACGUGUUGAGAGGUCUCUUUGCUAGAACUGGUAUCCCCGAACAGUUGGUGAGUGACAAUGGUCCUCAAUUCACAGCUAGUGAAUUUCAGAUGUUUAUGAAGCUGAAUGGAAUCCGCCACAUAACAUCAGCUCCCUACCAUCCGGCUACUAAUGGGCUCGCCGAGAGGUUCGUACAAACUCUAAAACAAGGUCUGCGAGCCUUUGCGGAUGCACCCAUUUCUCUUCAGCAGAAGUUAGCCAACGUCCUGUUUGCCUACCGUAACGCCACUCAUGCUACUACUAACCGAACCCCUGCCAUACUGUUCCUGGGACGGGGGCUGCGCUCAAGACUGGACCUGCUAAAGCCGAACCUGCGACGGACGGUAAUGGAUCGUCAGAUCAAGCAGGGUAAAGGGACUCACAAUAGAGAAACGCGUCAACUGGAAAUUGGACAGACUGUGCUUGCCAGGGAUUACCGUGGAGAACACAAGUGGAUUCCCAGUAUAAUCAGAGAGAGGCAAGGGCCCUUGUCCUACACCGUAGAAGUAGCUCCGGACACUAUCUGGCGACGCCACCUUGAUCAACUACGGGGGUCAGAGGUACGCACUGCAGCGGAGAUGGUGGAUCCUGCUGCUUCAUUCAUCGCUGCUCAGGGGGACCUGAGCCUGCCAACUGCCAGCGCUACUCCAGAGACCAUGAGCCUGCCUAGCUCCACCGCAGGCCAAGACAGCCGGAACCUGCAAAGCUCCGACAGCGACAUGGGGUGUCUGCCAAGCCCUGGUCCGCCCCUGACCCCACGCAUUGGUCUCCCUAGAGCUGGGGCGAGCCCGGCGGUUACACCUGAGAGACGUUAUCCAAUGCGUACUCACAGACCUCCCAAGAGACUAUCCCUUUAA